UCGGUGUAGAGCCGAGAGUUCCGUGCGCUCUGCGGACGCCGCUGGCAGCGGGGCUGUCUCCGGAAGGCGGACCCGCGGACGCCUAGUGCUUGCACUCGGCCGCCGGCCGCGCCUCUCUGCGCCCCUGACAGCCUUACUCGGGACGCAGCGGCCGUUUUUAAGUCACAAGGGCGUGGGUCAGCCUCCCCCAGGACUUCAUGUCUGUUUAUUUCCCCAUUCACUGCCCUGACUAUCUGAGAUCUGCAGAGAUGACUGAGGUGAUGAUGAACACCCCAUCCAUGGAGGAGAUUGGCCUCAGCCCCCGAAAGGACGGCAUUUCCUAUCAGAUCUUCCCUGACCCGUCGGACUUUGACCGCUCCUGCAAAGUGAAGGACCGCCUGCCCUCCAUCGUGGUGGAGCCCACGGAGGGCGAAGUGGAGAGCGGGGAGCUCCGGUGGCCGCCUGAGGAGUUCGUGGUCCAGGAGGAUGAGCAGGACAACUGUGAAGAGACAGAGAAGGACAACAAGGAGCAAUAGAGUCCCUGCCGACUCCCUCGGGGCCAUACCAGACGGCCACUGUCCCUGAACUGUGUGUUCUUUCCCGUUGUGAUGAAGAAGGGAGUGAGCCACAGUAGUUCUGAAAAUGUCAAAUGAUGGCUUCCGUUUUGCACCUGCAAAUCACCGAGUUGGGUUUUUUUUUCUUUCCUUCCUUUCUUUUUUUUUCUUUUUCUUUUUUUUUUUUUUUUUGAGAUGCUGGGCAGUGGAGCCCUCUGCAACAAUGUGCAAGGCCUUCUGAGAAAGGAAGCUGCUUAGAGCAGGAGUGGGGGGUGCGGGGAAGUGGUGCAUCUUCGAGAUUGGAAUCUGAACCUGAGCAGGCUAGAGGCAGCAGUGGGAUUCCAGUGGGCUGGGGAAGGGGGGGGGGCGGUGCUGUGGGGGGGAUGGGUUAUGUGCACCGUGAGCGAGGAACAUUUGGGGUAAGAGAACAAACAGGAGACGGUAGAGAAAAUACACACGUUUGAAAGGGAGCCUCGAGCAGAGGAGUGCAGCCAGGAAGUUCCCGCCAGCAGCUGCUGGGGCAUCAGGAAACGUGUUCAUCUCUCUCUCUCUCUCUGUCUCUCUCUGUCUCUCUCUCUCUCUCUCUCUCUCUCUCUCUCGGUCUGUCUCUCUCUAGUUCUGCUCACCACCAGCCUUUGCUUUUAUUUUGGCUAUGUUGGUCUGUUAAUAGGAGGCAGAAAAGUAGAGCAGUGGAAACCGGCUGCCUGCAAAGCCAGCUGGAGGUGAGGCGUGGGUGGGAAGGCUUCCCUGCCCCUCCUCCACCCUCACUCCAGCCCUGGCAUGGCCGGUUCACAUAUCCGCUCUAAUCUGGAAGUUUCUUAAGAGGCGGCGCUCUUGAGCUUUUCUCUCCUGAUUUAUCCUUUUACGCACCGCCCCCCCCCCCCCGCCGUUUCCCCUCGCGUUCUGCCAGACCAGCCCCUUUGGAAGUAGCUGGAGCGCGUCCCACCCCUGUGGAAGGACCUGGAAGGACCCGGUGGGCUCUUGGACGUGAGAUCCUUGCCUCCUGCUCCCGCAGGCUUGCUGUGUUCUGAGGGGAGGCAGGACCAGGCCGGCCCUCCUUGUCCGCACCCCCCCUCCCCCCCGCAGGCCCUGGGCGUAGCAGUGAGGCAGAGCUUACUCCCAAUCCUGCUGCCAGUCCCAGCCAGCCUGACCGGUGGAGGUACCCAUCCCCACGUGCGCCCUGGCCUGGCUUUAUUUUUGGUGGGAGCUGAGUGGAGGAGGCUCUUUGUUGGGGAGGUGAGCGUUAAUGGCGAUCCCAAAUCCAAGACUUAACAGAUGGGGAUAACAGGGCUCUCACGCAGCAGUUUGAAACUGAAAGUGUGAUGUGAUCCCUGGCUUGUCCUUGUGAGGUUCCUGAUGCAGGUGGGUGGAGGGCGUGGUGAGGGUGAUGAGGGAGCGGAGCGCUAAGCAUCGGCCCUCAUCCCUCCCACCUCUCCUCUGGCCCCUGCAAGGACACGGUUGUACGAGAAAGCUAGCCUUGGACUUAGAGCCUCCUACAGUUAAGACCCCUCUGGAGCAGCGGGUUUCAGGGCGUACUCUUCAAACCUCCUGCAGCUCACAGCAUGAAGGUGCAGCCGAGAGGUGAGCUCGGGACCCUCCUUGGGCCGAACCAGGCCAGCAGAGGCACCCCGCAGGUCUCCGGUGGGUCUAAGUUGACCCCAGUUUGAGACCUGUGUACAGAGCUGUAUUUAAUACCUCAAGGUUAGUGUGGUUCCGGGGACCUGGGGCGGGGAGAUGAGGUGUUCGGUUGACCCCUCUGCAAGCUUUGGUUCUGGGAAGCCAACGCCCAGCCCCCCGCGCCCUGCCCCCCGCCCCCUCCUUCCUGGCCCCGUGUUGUCUGCUUGUGUUACACUGAUGGCAAUAACUUCUUCCAGCUCCUCGGGAAUGGGCGAGGCCUGCAGCCCACAUCCUCAUGCUCCCGCUGGUCCUGCUAUGGCUGCACAGAGUCCUCCCUCCUCCUUCAUCCCGCACCUGCCUCCCUUUGUGGGUGGGGCCUUGCCUUUUAAAAUCCCGUGUUUCUGUGUCCCUCUCAUCUGCUCCCUUCUCUCAUCUGUCCUGGUCUUGCCGUGUGAUAGGAACGUGCUUGUAAACUGCAUAACAAAUCUACUUUGUGUAUAUGUGUGUUUAUGGGGGUGUCUUAUUACUUUGCUGGUCACUAGACGCCUUUGUACAACCGUUCGGAGUCUGAGCAGGCCGGGGACUGACAACUAAAGUCAGGACCUGCAGGCAGCAGCAAGCCUGUUGGAGGGACCCAGCCACUCUUAGACGAGUGGCUGAGCUCCUAUCUGGCCUCCUGUUUUGUUUUGUUUUGUUUUGUUUUUUUAAAGUAACUUGUGUGUAUUUCUAACUGAUCGUAUUAAAAAUAAAAACCCUAGUAUUUCAGUAAAAAAUGCCUGUUGUAAGAUGAACCUCCUGUAACUUCUAUCUGUUCUUUUUUGAGGCUCAGGGAGAAACUAGCAUUUUUUUUUCCAAACUACUUUUUGUCACUGUGACAGUUGUAAAUAAAGUUUGAAAAUGCUUUCCA